AUGCUAUCUAGAACUGUGUCCAGGGUGUCGCUGGCUCGUUUGUUGACACGCCAGCCAACGCGUAUCGCCUCCCCCUUGGCGCUAGCUCAUUUCAGAGAGAACCGCUCCCUUUACCAUAUUUUGUCAGGUACCAAGACCGCUAAAGACAUCCGGGCUGAAGCUUUCCGUGAAAUAGAACACAUCAAGUCCAGAGUACCCGAGUUCCAACCAACACUCAAAAUCUUCCAAGUCGGUUCGAGACCAGACUCUAGUGCGUACGUGCGCAUGAAGCUCAAGGCAUCUAAAGAGAGUGGUGUUGCCUGUUUCGUUGAAAAGCUUCCUGAAGAUAUUUCAGAGGUUGAACUUCUCAACAAGAUCGAGGAAGUGAACAACGACGACUCCAUACAUGGUCUGCUCAUUCAGUUACCACUUCCCAAGCACCUUGACGAAACCAAAAUCACAAACUCCGUUUUACACACUAAGGAUGUCGAUGGGUUUCAUCGUUACAAUGCAGGUGAGCUUUCCAAAAAGGGUGGUAAGCCAUUCUUCAUUCCAUGCACCCCCAACGGUUGCAUUCGUCUUUUGAAAGAAGCUGGCGUAGAUCCCAAGGGUAAAAAUGCCGUGGUGCUUGGCCGUUCUGAUAUUGUAGGCACCCCUGUCGCAUCUCUUCUCAAAGAUCUCGACGCAACCGUAACAGUUUGUCACAGACACACUAAGAACCUUCCAGCCAUUCUAUCUCAGGCAGAUGUGGUUGUUGCAGCUUGCGGUGUGCCCAACUAUGUUAAAGGCGAAUGGCUAAAGGACGGUGCUGUUGUAAUUGAUGUUGGUAUCAAUUAUAUUCCUGAUGCAACCAAGAAAUCGGGCCAAAGGCUCGUUGGGGAUGUCGAUUUUGAAUCCGCCAAGGAAAAAGCCUCUUUCAUCACCCCAGUCCCUGGGGGUGUUGGACCAAUGACCGUAGCAAUGCUAGUGCAAAACGUACUACUUGCUGCAAAGAGGCAAUUAAGCCAAUCGAACAAACUGCCAAAAAUCACCCCAUUACCUCUGAAGCUACAAAAUCCCGUUCCCUCCGAUAUCGAGAUUUCAAGAGCCCAAACUCCAAAGCAUAUUAGCUUAGUUGCGGAAGAAUUGGGAAUUCACCCAAGUGAGGUAGAACUAUAUGGUCAUUACAAAGCGAAAGUUUCUCCAAAUGUUCUCAAAAGAUUGGAAUCAAAUGAGAACGGUAAGUAUGUUCUAGUUGCUGGUAUUACUCCUACCCCAUUGGGCGAGGGAAAAUCUACGACUACCAUGGGGUUGGUACAGGCUUUGGGUGCGCAUUUGAACAGGCCUGCGAUUGCAAAUGUUCGUCAACCUUCCAUGGGUCCAACGUUUGGUGUGAAAGGAGGUGCAGCUGGUGGUGGAUAUGCGCAAGUCAUUCCAAUGGAUGAGUUCAAUCUACACUUGACUGGUGAUAUUCAUGCCAUUUCUGCUGCAAACAAUUUAUUGGCUGCCGCAAUUGAUACCAGAAUGUUUCAUGAAGCCACUCAAAAGAAGGAUUCUUCUUUGUAUGGAAGACUUGUACCUACCAAGAAGGGCAAGCGUAGCUUCAAUAAGGCUAUGUUAAAACGUUUACAGAAAUUGGGAAUCCAGAAGACCAACCCAGAUGACUUAACGCCUGAAGAAAUCCGCAAGUUUGCUCGUCUCGACAUAAAUCCAGAUACCAUAACAAUCAAGAGAGUUGUUGAUGUCAAUGACCGUAUGCUACGUCAAGUGACUGUUGGAGAAGCUCCUACCGAGAAGGGUUUCAUAAGAAAGACAGGGUUUGAUAUUACGGUUGCUUCCGAAUUGAUGGCGAUUUUGGCCCUCUCUAAAGACUUGACAGAUAUGAGAGAACGCGUUGGACGCAUUGUAGUAGGUGCAAACUACAACAAUGAACCAGUUACCGUCGAAGAUAUCUUCUGCGCAGGUGCUAUAACAGCACUACUUAAGGACGCUAUCAAGCCUAACCUUAUGCAAUCGCUUGAGGGUACCCCGGUCUUGGUUCACGCUGGUCCCUUUGCCAAUAUUUCAAUUGGAGCUUCUUCAGUCAUUGCCGAUAGAGUUGCUUUGAAACUAGUCGGUAAACCAAAGAAUGCUCCUGAAGAAGUUGAGAGUGGGUUUGUUGUUACCGAAGCUGGUUUCGAUUUUACUAUGGGUGGUGAACGGUUUUUCAACAUCAAAUGUCGUGCUUCAGGCUUAACUCCAAACGCUGUAGUCCUUGUUGCGACAAUUCGUGCAUUGAAACUUCACGGUGGUGCUCCUGACGUCAAGCCAGGACAAUCACUUGGACCUGAGUACACAAAGGAAAAUGUCGAACUAGUUUCUAGAGGUGUUGCGAAUUUAUGUAAACAGAUCUCCAAUGCUAAGCAGUUUGGCGUCCCAGUAGUUGUUGCGAUUAACAAGUUCGAAACUGAUACCGAUGCUGAAAUUGAAGUCGUAAGAAAGGCUGCAAAGGAGGCUGGUGCGUACGAUGCUGUGGCCACCAACCAUUGGGCUGAAGGUGGCAAAGGAUCUAUUGCUCUUGCAGAGGCUGUCAUCAGAGCAACCGAACAACCCGUUGACUUCAAGUUCUUGUACGAUGUCGAUCAAACAGUGGAGGAAAAGUUAGAGGCCAUUGUGAAAACCAUGUAUGGCGGUGCUGGUAUCGAAAUUUUACCUGAAGCUCGAAAGAAAAUAGAUUUAUACAAGAGCCAAGGAUUUGGAAACUUGCCCAUCUGCAUUGCGAAGACUCAAUACUCUCUCUCUCAUGACGCUUCUUUGAAAAACGUCCCUAGCGGAUUUACGUUCCCAGUUAGGGAUGUGAGAGCAUCUAUCGGUGCAGGAUAUUUGUAUGCGUUGGCCGCAGAGAUUCAAACAAUUCCUGGUUUGUCGACACACGCUGGUUACAUGAAUGUUGAAGUCAAUGACAAUGGUGAUAUUGAAGGAUUGUUUUAA